CAUAGAUUGGGCUUAAUAGGUCCCCACUUCUCUUCACUGCAGAAGACUGUGGCAGCGUGUGCUCCCCAGCAGCAUCUAUGAAAAAUUGGGUACAAAAACAAAAACAAUUUAGAGAGAGAGAGAGAGAAAGAGCCUCUCAUCUCUUUUUCUCGCUUUUUGAAGCAGAAAAAGCACAAUGCCUUUUCUGCCCUCUGACCUGUACUAUCAUAUUCUUUCAUUGUAACCCCUCUCUCACUCUCUGAGUUCAAAGAAAUUGGCUUUUGCUAUAAAUUAGAGCAAGUCAAACAGCAUAUAUAAUUGUAACCACAUUAGAACUUAGAAGAGAAAUAAUAAUGGGUUUAGAAGCACUAUCUACCAAUGAACCCUUCAACUUCGUUAUCUAUGACACUAUAUUUGCAAACCCACAUGACUCUUCUGAGACUAGUUUCUUGCCGGAAACUGGCCUUAAACCACCUGAAUUUGGCGGUGGUUCGGAUAGCAGUUGUUCGGUGAAGCAGCGGCGGAGGAGGAGGCUGGAGGGGCCGGAAGCGGGGGUGAUGGAGAGGAGAGGGAAUAGUGGGGGUGUGCAAGGGAGGAAGAAGAGGAGGCGGAGAGCGAAAGUGUGUAAGAACAAGGAGGAGGUGGAGACACAGAGAAUGACACACAUAGCGGUGGAGAGAAACCGCCGCAAACAGAUGAAUGAACAUCUCGCCGUCUUGCGCUCCCUCAUGCCGGAAUCCUACGUCCAAAGGGGUGACCAAGCUUCUAUAGUGGGUGGUGCUAUAGAAUAUGUAAAGGAACUUGAACGCCUCUUGCAGUCCCUUGAAGCUCAAAAAUUCCUAUCUCUACAAGGAGGAGAAAGGCCACCACCUCCCACUACCACUACUGCUACCACCAUCACCGCCACUGAAUUCUCAUCAACCCCUUUUGCGCAGUUUUUUGCGCAUCCACAGUAUACAUGGUCUCAGAUCCCAAGCAAGUAUACGUCGAAGAACAAGGCCUCUGUGGCAGAUAUAGAGGUGACUUUGAUAGAAACACAUGCAAAUCUUCGAAUCCUUUCGAGAAAAUGCCUUAGACAACUUUCAAAAAUGGUGGCUGGUUUUCAGACACUUUGCCUCACCAUUCUUCACCUCAAUCUCACCACCUUUGACACAUUGAUCCUCUAUUCCAUCAGUGCCAAGGUGGAAGAAGGAUGCCAACUCACUUCAGCAGAUGACAUAGCGAGUGCAGUUCACCACAUGAUUAGAAUAAUAGAGGAAGAAGCUUCCCUCUGUUGAUCAAAUCUUUAUCUUCCCUAAGUACCCUUUUAGUUGAAAUGGAAUUACCAAAACUACCCCCCUCCCCUCCCCCCCUUCUUGUUUUAUGCACAAAGUGGUGUUCUCUCUUGUCCUUGUAUAUAUAUGCAUCAACAGGCAUAGGUGUUGUUUGGAUUUCACGAAGUACAAAAAUGAGUUGUUGUCUUCACACAAAUAAAAGGAAAGGGGUGGGAUGACCUUAGGUUGUUGACAAGUAGUGCUGCCUUCUGUAAUCCAACUUUGUAAUGAGUGAGGACUCUUUUGGUAGAGUGGAAUAGAGAUUUUGGUGAAGUUUCAUAAUCAUUGCUGUCAUGCUAUAUUUUAUCUGAGCAUAUGUACAGCUACGCUCUUCAUUUAUAACUAGGCA